CAGAUUCAACUCAUGAGUUGGGUGAAGUAAGUCAGAUGCAAGUAAUUUUUGGAUUCAUCUCGUCGAAGAUUAUUCAAGAAAUUGAGGCGAUUCAGAGACUUUAAAAAGGAAAGAGAAAGAAUACGAGCAUGAGAUGGAGCGCCUUGCGAGAGAGAAAAUUGCCACCCAGCAACGUUUAGCAGAUUUGAAGAAUGAACUGAGCCAAUGGAUGGACAUUCUUGAAGUGGAUCGCAUUCUUCGCCAAACCGUGCAACCAGAGGAUGACCAAGCUUCUACCUCAACCGCAUCCGAGGGUGAAGACAAUAUCGACGAAGAUAUUGAUGAUAUGAGACCCAUAAACUCUCUGUCACAAACACCUCACCGCUCGCAUCAGGACUUGCUUAAGGCUGUGUCCUCUCCUAUUGCUCACCAGUCAUCGUUCUUGCCUCAGCAUUUGGCUGUCCAGCAGAAGCUGCCUCAAACCCAGGCACAAGUGCAAAUCCAGCCCCAGGCUUUAGCUCCAUCACAGACAGUAGUGCCAGCUCAGACUCACAUUGUGACGGCAUCGACGCUACAGCCAACUGUUAUUGCCCAUGCUGCACCUGCUUCCCAUGCGUCUGUGAUACACACAGCUGUCAAUCAUGUUAUUCAAGCUUCUCAAGCAAAACACAUUGCUCACAUUGCACCUGCGACCUCCAGCUCUGUCCAGCUGACCACUGCUGCUCAACCUAUUGGCCACAUCACUGUGCACCCAGCCACCUUAAGCCAUAUGGCUCACCUUGGUCAACAGCUGCCCACUAUCUAUCCACAGCCAAUGACAGUGAACCAGCCAGUUGUGAGUCACCUCACUCACACCAUCACCCACCAGCAAGUAAAUGGCACCGCGCCUGUUGGCCAGCAGGCCGUUGUGACAAAGCAAGCUGUGGGCCCUCAAGUCGUGCACCAGCAGAUAGUGGGCCAAACAGUCCUGAACCCUGUCACGAUGGUGACCAUGCCAUCGUUUCCUGUGAGCACUUUGAAGCUGGCAUAAACUUUGGCCACCGCAGAGGCCCGAGCAAUUUAAAAGACUCUUUCCCUCGGUUCUCCAAUACAUUCCCGGCAACAACUUACAGGCGAGGGAAAGAAAGGUAGCUUCGGAAGACAAAGAUUUUGGAAAAAAAAGACUAUACAUCAUGUUCCCAAGAUGGCAGUGGGAAAGGAAUGGACACUGCAGAAAAUAAACUAAUCAGAGCAACGUGGAAUGAGAACUGCCCUUAGUGACCUUUUGUGCGUGUGCGUGUAUGUUUUGUAAUUGGUGAAUUUAAAAAGGUGUUAGCAAGGCUUUUAUUUUGUUUUGUUUCCUCCCCUCCCCUGCCCCUUCAUGAUUUGUACCGUUCCAGGAAAUAAUUGCUGGACACAUGUCACCAUGAUUGGACAGAGGGCUCUAAAAAGCAAAGAUAUGAAAUCUCACAAACAAAUGCCUUGGUGAAGUUGAGCUUCAUUGGUGGUGUUGAUAUACUGAGUUAAGUUAACAAAGAUAAUACAUUAGUCAAGCCUUUGAAUUUGCCUGUGUGUAUGUGAGUUGAAAUGCAGUGGUCUGCUGGACCAGGCCUGGAAGUAUUGCAGGAGGCCCAAGACAGAACCAAUGUAUCUGUCCCCAGCUUUUUGAAUAUUUGUUUUUAAAGUUGCUUUGUCAAGACCAGUAGGGCGAAAACAUAACUAAUUGUUGCGGUGUUUAAUUUAAAUGCACCCUUUGGAAAGGCCAUUAAUUGACUGCAGCAACAAAAACAGCAAAAAGACCCACAUACGUUCUAACAGUCUGUAAGAAGUCCUGGCUAUGGUGAAUAGUUGUUCGGUGGUAGAAGGGGAGGGGAGGAGAGAAGUUAAUGACGUGCUGCAGUCUUGUUUGUAGCUGUGUCCAUUGACUGAGUGGCUUUCUAAGUUUAAAGUGAGUUUAAGUGUAUGAAUUUUCUAAGACUGACAUCAUUACUGUGUGUGCUAUAAAGGCAGUGUCUAUCAUAUGGGGAACUUUUUUAAAAAAAAAAAGAUUUUUUCGCAAUAAAAUUUUCUGCUUUCUUUGAUUUAGGCUCAGAAUGGGUCUGAUUGGUAAACCAUAUAAAUGGAUCUGAUUUAUAAACCAAAUUGGUCAUGCUGAGGUGCUCCCUCACCAGUUGGCUUCUUUGGAUGAUUCUACCUUGAAGAAGUCCCUAUGUUUAAGUAUCUUGGGGUGUAUACUUUGUUUCUUUAACAAUACAUACAUUCUUCCAGGCUCCUGGAGAGGUUUAUUAUCAAGUUUACUCAAACAACAAAGUAGAACCCCUCCUCCCAGUUCUUUUCUAUAAAAUGUAGAGAUGUCUCAGGUAUUUUCAGUGAGGUUCCAAUCAUGAGCUUCUCAGUUUUUUUUUUAAUAAAUCAUGUAACUCCUUGAAAAUGUUGUGCUUCACACUAACCUGCUCUAAAAAUGCAAAGAAGUGUAAAAUCAGAACUUGUUUCCUUAAACAUUCUCUGAGCAAUCUGAAUUGUGAGCUCAUCAUCUGUCCUGUUGCUUAUUUCAGCUGUGAACUCUUGUAAUGGGAUCAUAAUAUUGCUAAGGAAUGUUCAAGUGGAAGGUUUAGAACCAUGACUUCAUGGACACUCUGAUUAGUUUCUCGAAUGCCAACUCUGCCCAGUUACUGCUGUUUUGUUUAUUUUCUGUAAGUCUUGUGUCUUGCACCAAAUGCUUCCAUUUUAUUUUUAAUUACAGAGUUUGCUACAGCGAGACACUGACCAGCUCGAAAUGUUAAGUCAGAGUGGAGCUUUUAAUUUAUGGUGAAUGUUGUUAUUACAUCAUGUUGCUUCACAAUUCCGCUGUUUGCUUGUUUGAAGUGGUGAUUUUUAAAAUUAAAUAUUGUGUAUACUUUUUUUUAAAUUCCAGGGUACCUCUAUUCACAUUAAUACCACUGGUGAAAAUAGGGUUUCAGAACUUUUUUUAAUACCUUAUACCCAGAUUCAUAGCUUACUGGUAUAUCGCAACAUAGUGAUGCAGUAACGGGUUCAAAUGAAGUUAUGUGCCAGGGAGAAAAACAGUAGUUUAUUUGUUUUCUCUGAACCUCACUCUGUGGCAGUGCAUUGCAAUUUAUAAUAGAUGCAUUAUUUUCCCAUAUCACCCUGUCAAAGUACUUGCUUCUGCUUGGUUAUGUGUAAAGAGCUUUAGAUGAUGUGACGUGCCCCUGAUUGUUCUGCCCAACAUCAACAGUCAGUUCUCAUUAUCUCCUUUCUAUUUUUCUGUGCGUAUUUCUCCCUUUUGGUUCUCCCCACAACCAUCAAUACACCGUACCUGUGAUUGACAAUUUGACUGUGAAGGAAUCGCACCCCGUCUAAUUCUUCCUUCAGCUUAAUGAAUACACAUUUUUUCACAGUUUCUGGACUACAACCUUUAUUUGUCCCCUUUCAGUCUCCCUAAUCCGGGUUUAUGCCUGGGGAUGUUCCGCAGUGUGACAGCUCUUUAUUACAUCAGGGAUUGCACUUAACCCACUAAACCUGUUGUGGAGCUAGUUAUUACUUUUUUUUAACAAGUCAACAUUUAAGUACUCCAGUUUAGGCACAGACACAAAUUUCUCUGUAUCUGUAAGUCUUUCUUUUCAAUGAUGCAACUAAAAAAAUUACACUUUUGAUAUCGUAAUGAGUGAAUGUCACUGAGUAUUUGACUCUGAAUCGUACGCAUGAAUUUGGUGCUUAGCGUUGUACUGCAGGGCCCACUUGCUUUUAUCAGUGUUUGAUCAUUUGCAAUUGGGCCACCAUUUCCUAAACAUUUCUGUAACAAAAUAUGGAGAUGUUCUGAACUGAAGAAACUAUUUUCUUAUUUGAUCUUUCACCCUCAAGAUUCUAUCUAUGGUUGAGUAUGAAGGAAGCAGUCUGGUAAAAUAUAUACAGUAAAGGAAUAUCUUUUUUGACUGACUGUUUAUUGCAAGGAUUUAUAGAUGCGAAGCCUGUAUGUGAGUGUAAAGUGAGCUCCGUUUCCAUUUAUUUAUCUUUUUUAUCAAAAUGGGAUCUCUUGGUGUUUUCUACAUUCACGUGUCUUGUGCCUAAGCUCUUGGUAUUUGGGUAAGUUGUGGAUGUUGUAUAAACUAUAUUGUAUGUCCAUGUUGUUGUUUUUGGAAGGCAUUUGUGUGGUGAGCUCUAUAUAAAUCUACCGGGCAUUGAAGAUUAACCCUUCAGGAGUUGAAGUCCAUUACUAUUUUCAGGGAUAUUAAUAAUAACAACCACCUUCCUGUUUACUUUUCAAGAUUAGCUGAGCAGAAUAAACAGAUCUCAGCCAUUGCAGCAUUGGGCAGUUGGAAAAUAAACACUAGUUCCUACUUGUAAUCUCCAUCCAGCUACUUACUCUGUACAGUCAGUGCUUGUGUUUGAGCAUAGGAUCCUGUACAACGUUGAUGUCUCCAUGGUCAAUCAGCUUGCUGAGACUUGCUGGCUAGAUUUUCACAUGAAGGAAGGUUGCUUGACUAAGGUAUUGCAGGGCUGUUGAACACAUGCAUCACCUUUUGAGAAAGGAGAUCAUAACUGAAGAGGAGGGGAUGAAUUUAAUUCUACCAAAUGCACUGAGUGGAAGCAUUAAGAAUUCCACAGGCUGGUGGUGCAACAAAGUUGUAAUCAGCCAGUGAAGACUUCCACAGUUUGACAUUUUAAUUUAAAUGGCAAAUACUUGCUUCACAAAUGCAAUUAUGAUCUCUGAAUGCUUUAUUACUUCAAAAAAAAAGUUGUUAGAACUCAUGGGAACCUUUCAACCUUUUGUUCGAGGGACAAAUGGAAUAUUUUGAAUCUGAGAUUUGUAAUGUUCUGAUUUCAUUAGUUUUUUUAUUUCAUUGCAAUUUUAUUCUGUUGUAGAGAGGUCUAAUUUAAAAGGAAAGAUUAAUCUUGUUAAUCCAUUUAAAAAAAAAGUGUUUUGAGGAAAUUGUUUAAAAGCAGCUAUUCCCUGAAAGGUUUUGAGAACAGUGCUGCAGGUACAAAGUGUAUAAUUAAGUGUAAAAUGAGCUUUGUUUCCAUUUAUUUGUCAUUUUAUCAAAGUAUGACCUCUUGGUGCUUUCCCUGACCACGUGCCCCGUGCCUAAGCUCUCCAUAUUUGGCUAAGUGGUUUACAUCCCUUAUAGCAGAAAAGAAUGCACUUAAUAUGUGGCAACCAAGAAACACUAGCUGCUUCUGUUUUGCACUAAGAACCGUAUUGGUGACACCAGCUCCUGAUGUGUUGCCCUCGCACUGUCCCUGGCUGAAACCCGAAAGUUGAACUUGCUGGAAUUUACGAAGGAUGUCAGCCAGGAGAACUUUAACUUUGAAAUCUCGCUGCAGCCGGCUAUGAUUAAAAAGCUCCUGUAGCUAGGGCAAGUCUCACGUUGUAUAGAAGCAGCUUCUACCUGUGGUGGGUUCCUCUGUAACUUGAUCAUAGCCUAUUGAGCAUGGGUGACCGGGGUUUCAUGCACAUCAAAUACCAGGCUAACCAAAAAAGAAUGACUGGGUCUAUAUCUCAAAUGAAAGAAAGCAGAACAAUUUCCCCCCAUUAGAGAGACAUUACUUUUUAUUAUUAAUGUUUAUAGUGAAUUACUUCACUGUGCAACAGCUUUUGUUUAAAAUAUUGAGGGGAAAAAAGUUUUAAAAAAAUCUUUUCUGUGAAGAUUUUUGAAGUGUUUGAAUGGACCAGGUGUGUGAAAAAUAUCAGUGGAUUUUUGUAUAUAAUGUAUUUUUACUAUCUAGCUGUAAUAUAAUUGCUUUCAUUCAAAACAUUCAGUAUCAAUGUGUAUAAUAUUCUCAUACCCAUCUAUCAAGCAAGAUGCACUUGCCUCAGAUACUAUAAAAAUAAAGAUACACCUGCACUGAC